AUGCUGGACGGAUACGACCGAAAUCAGGAGGAGAGAGCGAGAGGACCAUCGAUGGAUAUUGACGAGAAGAGCACCGCCUUCUCCCAGGCGCAGAUAUCAACACCUCCGAGCGCGUCGACGAACAGGAUGAGGCACACGAUCAACACGGCGAUGAUGACCACCAUCAUCCCGGAACCCACACCGCCGCCGGCCGCCUCCACCUCUGCCGACCCACAGCGCCGGUUCUCCUGGCUGCCGCGGUCCGCCACGCCGUCCCUGCGCAGCCCGACGUUCCGCCGGCGGGCGGCGAGCCCCUUCUACGACGACGACGAUGACGACGAUUACCCGUACUCGGACAGCAGCCCGUUCGGCGAGGACUUCCGGGAGCAGAACGAGCAGGCAGGGCGGGACUGGGACCGCGACCACGGCCACGACCACGACCACGACGGCGGGGACAACCCGUUCGAGGACUGCGAGUACGAGCUGCCGCCGGCGGCGGGCAAGAGGGAGGGCACCUGGACCAAGUUCAAGAAGGCCAUGAGCCCGAAGCGCGCGAUCAGCAAGUGGAAGUACCGGAAGGUCAAGCACGGCGGCUUCCAGCCGGAUGACCCGGACCACGGGGGCCGUGGUGGCUCUCAAGGGCAGGCCUCUUGA